AUGAACGCAGCAGCGAACGCUUGCCUGGCAUGUCGUCGAGUGAAGAUGAAAUGUUGCCUUCGACAGGGCGAAACAAUAUGUGACCGGUGUAUGCGAAAGAGUCUAGAGUGCGUCUUCCAGGAACAUCGACGCGGACGAAAACCCGGAGUCAAAUUAGCCAGAAGUCGUACAUCCAACAGAAAAACGCGAAAUUCUUCGAUAGAUGAAACUACGCCAGCUGCGACAUCUUCAGAGACGAAUGAUACUGGUUCAACAAGUCUCCAGCCUUCCGGGCUUCUGAAUAGCAAUGCUAUACGCGAUGGGCGAUUCUCGCUACUCAAUAUCCUUGCAAACACAGACAACCCCGUGGAAAAAGAGGAAGAAAAGGAAGAAGAAGCGCUCUUUAUCCCGGCGCAAGAUCCUAUCAGACUUGGAUUGAUAAAUGAGUCCAUUGCUGGGAUCUUGUACGAGAGUUUCAUUAACGUUCUCAAUCCGUACAUCAGUCAACUGGACCCGAACCUCCAUACCUUCACGUAUACGCGCCAGAAAUGUUCUUUUCUCCUGAGUGCCGUUUUGGCAGUGUCUGCCAAAAUGUUCAAUCCAGCCUUGUAUAAGCCCCUACUCAGACACGCCGAGGACCUAUUCAUGGACUGCUUUCGUCGUGGUGCGAAAUCUACGGAAAUUGCACAAUCCAUUCUCAUCCUUACAUAUUGGAAGGAGCCAGAUGACACUCGGACCUGGGUCAAUGUGGGUUAUGUCAUUAGAAUGGUCAUGGAUCUCGGUUGGCACCGAUUUGGGACGCGACCUCCAUCAAUCCAAGGCGGAGUAGCAACGGCAUCAGAGACAGACCUCAGGAAGACACGAAAUGAAGAAAGAACUUGGUUUGUGCUUUUCGUAUACGAUCGUAGCAUAAGUCUGCAGACUGGAAAGCCCUGGAUGAUAGAGCGGAACAAAUUCAUCGAGGCAAUUGAUGCUUGGUGCAGAGAUCCCCUGGCGAUCGAAAAUGAUGUGAUUUUGGGAGCAUUUGUCACACUCCGCUUAUUGACGUCUGAAGUCUUCCGACUUCUAGGAUCAUGGCGUCAGAUCCACUCGUCUCAAAAUAUGGGUUCAUUCAUGAUCAUGAUCAGCAAUCGCAUCGACGAGUGGGAAGAUAAAUGGUUGCCAUUGUGCGCUCAGGAUUCGGAAAGCCCCCAUUACUUUUUAAUUCGAUUCUAUGGCACCCACCUUCGCCUUCAACUCCAUGCUCUUCCACUUCAAGAAAUCCUCGAUCCGAAUAGUGAGCAUGACAUAACUUAUCAUCAAGAAACGCUGUGGACAAGUUUGUCAAGCGCAGUAGCCAUGCUUAAAUUAGUUGCACAAUAUUCGUCACGUUUGUAUUUUGCCCAAGAUUCUGUACACGUGAUGACAGCAUAUUCGGCUGCCUUCUUAAUAAAGGUGUUACUGUCAGCACCGCCAAACAUAGCAGCCGACUUCGAACCUACCGUGAUUGAGACAAUUCGCACUGCCGCUGUAACGCUCUCAGAGCAGUCCCCUCCUCUGGGAUCCAGCUGCUUCCUGCAACAGAGCUAUUUGGAAAAGGUUCUGUCAAAUUACGAUGAAGCCGUAAAGAAGCGGAAUGAAUCCAACAACAACCAAACGGAAAACACUGGACCAGCAGGCUCUAAUAUCGGCAACAAAAACCAUCAACACUCCAGUGCAGCUGGCGAGUUUAGUCAUAAUCCGCUCCAACCCAUCCAUGAGACAAGUGGAAUACCAGGUUCCAUGUCGUUCUUAGACCCGAUGCAUGAUAACGCAGGGUUCUUAGGGCCAUUAGAAACAAUGGAUCGUAGCAUGGUUGACAAUAACGGUGCAUGGACGAAUAUCUUUAGCAAUGCUGGUCUUACUGUUCGGGAUUUCUUCCCGUCCCCUGACGGAUCCAUAACAUAUCCAGUGCGUCAGGUAGAAUAG